AAUAACGAUAUCGUUGAAUAUAUGUUACAUUUUACAUAUUGAAUUAUAUUAAAUUUAUUAAUCCAUUAUAAUUUUGCAACACACACGACGUUCCAUUAAUAUUUAUUUUUAUAUAGUAAUUUUUUUUGUUCGUAUUGUCUCAAUUAUUGUAGUCACUUCACCUCUCUUAUAUUUUCUUUUUUUUUCUCUCUCUGUUUUUUUUUUUUUUUUUUUAUAUUUCUGUUUUCACAAAACAACGAUACCACUCGAUUUGAUUUCUAACCAUCAAUCAUUGUGACAAAAGUUGGUUAGCAAGAAAGUAGUUCAAGUGCAAGUGACCCAGUCGCUGCCAACAUAGUGAGGCGAUUCAUUUCAGGGCCGUUACGCGAAUUACGCCGAGAAAAGGCGGAAGUUUUCUUCAUGUCGUCAUCAUUUUUACUCCCUCCUCCUUCUUCUUCUUCUUUUUAAUAGUCAAGAUCGUAAUUCGAUGAACGAACGAUUACAUACAUACAUUGAAUCAAUUAGUAGGUGGAGGUCAAUGGAAAGUCACGAACGAUCGUAUCUUUUGUGGAUUCAGAAAGGGUACCACCUCGAAAGUAUGAUAACCUUUUACAUUGAAACUCUUUUUUUUGAACCUUAAAUAAUUUUCAUUAUUUGAUCUCAUUCAUGAAUUUAUGUAUCAGCCGAACGUAAUAUAUCGUUUUAAUGUUUUUUUUUUUUCUAUUAUUUUUUAUUCUCUGUACAUUCAAUAUAAUUUUCUUUUUUAUAAUUAUUUCGUUUACUAAAGAAAUUCACACUUUUAAUGAGCCUAAGACAUUUAUUUAUUUUUUUCUUUUCCUUUUUUUUUUUUUUUUUCUUGUCUAAACGUAUCACAUAUAGAUAAGUCUAUCAGCUGAUCAUAGAGAGUAUACUAUUUAUUUGUACUAUCGAUUCCCUCGUGAUUUUGUUAUUUGGGACAAUUUAUAUAGAUAAUUUUAUUAUUCGACUCAUACCUUAUCAUUUCAUUUAUCUUUUUAUGAACCUUUUUUUUCCUUUUAUUUCUUUAUUAAUUAACCAUUGUUUCUUUUUUGUUUUUCUUGAAUAUUCUUCAUUUCUAUUGCUUAUCAAUUAUAUUUCAUCUUAUCUUUCUGGUUGACAGGCUUGCACUUGGGAGGAGGCCACGAUAUAAAUUGGAAACAGAUGGAUUCGCGAUAAGCGAACAGAAUCGAUUGAACAUUCGAGCGGAGUAACACGGCAUUGAGGAAGAAGAAAUAGAAUAAUUGAAAAUAUUUGCUUCUUAAUAGGAAGCUGUUUUUGGAUCAUUUGAGAAUUUUCUUUGAGAAAAAAAUAAGAAUAGUAAGAAAGAGAUUUGUUAUUUUUUUCUUCUUUGUUGUGGUUUUCUUUUUUUUUUCUUUUUUUCUUUCAUUGUCAAAUCACCAGAAAUAUCUUACGUUCGGGAUAUCGAAAAGAUUACUUUAUAUAUUCUUCAAGAAGAUACAUAUAAGAAAAACAAGAAUCAGGCAAGCAUAAUCAGAUACGGAGGCCAAUAAGAACGUUAAAAAGGAAGUUCCUUGAGGAAAGGGAGCGAAGUUUCUCGAAGACUUGACCGCCAUUAGCUUCGACUGACUCCCGUGUUCUACACUCACAAUCUUCUUUCUUCUCAAGAAGAAGCAACUUCGUAGGUGCCGUGUAAAGAGCAAAGAUCUCUCUUAAUACUCGUUAGUUAGUUCGUUCGUUAGUUCGUUCAUUCAUUUAUUCAAUCAUUUAUUCGUUCGUUCGUUCGUUCGUUCGUUCACAUAAAUAUAGUCAUACUUUUCUUUUUCUUUUUUCUUUUAACUUAUGAAACGGACAAUUUUCUCCAAUUAAAAAUACACACUAAUUUCGUCGUGAUCUAAGAGAAAUUUGAGGAAACAUUAACAAGCGAGUAAUUUCUACGAUAGAAAUUUUCAAAGAUUUAGAAAGAAGUAUUAAAAUCAAGACGUCAUUGAGAAGAAGCGGCAAAUUUUUCGAAGAAGGUGGAAUUAUAGUGAAAGAAAGAUAGAUAGAUAGAUAGAUAAAGAAAGUUAAGUCAAGAUUCUUAUUUUUUCAAGUUGGAAUCAAUUUCGAAAUUUGGAAAAAAUACAGUGGGAUUUGUUCUGUCACUUUUUGGAUAAACAAUUUCGAACGCUGUGAGCACGUGCAUUUAACUUAGAAGAGAGAGAGAGAGGGAGAGAGAGAGAGAGAGAGACGGAGAAAGAGAUAUAUAAAGAAGGAGUCUUCACGUGAGACAAGCUAAAGAAAGAAAGAUAUACUCUGUGUAUACGUCUGCUAAAGUAGUUGAUGUAAGAGAGAUAGAGAUCGGCGUUCGCUAUAACACGAGAAAGAUAAAAAAAGAAAGAAAGGGUUCGACCCCUCUUUGGAAAACUGGUUGAGAGGAGAACAUGGCAAAAGGAAUUCUGCAAAGCGUUGAACUCAAUGCCGCCAACGAAUUCGACGAAGAAAGAAAACUGAAAAGAACGAGAUGGAGAAACUUUGUUGCAUUUUGGAUACUUGGAAUGUGCAACAAUUAUGGUUACGUCGUGAUGUUAAGUGCGGCACACGAUAUUCUUAACAGCAAAUUUGGUAAUUCGAACACAACAACUGAGACUAACGUGACAGAAACAAUUACAAAAAGAUCAUGUAAUAGCAUAUCGACCGGAGCUAUACUUUUAGCUGAUAUAUUACCCUGUUUGGUUGUUAAAAUAACUGCACCGUUCUUGCCGUUUUUUGUGCAUGUUCGACUGGCUACCUGUGUGUUAUUUUCCGCUGCAGGAUUCGUCAUAGUAUCAAUGAGCAUUACAGAAUGGCUUGCAAUAUUGGGCGUCGUUGUAACAUCUGUUUCCUCGGGAUUGGGUGAAGUUACAUUGCUGAGUUACAGUCAUCAGUAUCCAAAAGAAGUUAUCUCAACGUGGUCGUCGGGAACUGGAGGUGCCGGUAUCAUUGGUGCCCUAUCUUAUGCGAGUUUAUCAAUGUGGCUGAAUACAUCAGAAACUUUGCUACUAAUGUUGAUUGUACCAUUAAUACAAGCUAUAACAUUUUGGUUCAUCUUGGUUCAUCCAUCUCAAACAAAUAUUCCUAUUACCAAGGAUGGUAUAGAUAGUCAGGAACAUAUCAUUGAAUUACCGAGAAAAAGUUUCAAGGAUAAAAUCAAUUUACUUCCUGGUUUACUCAAAUACAUGAUUCCUCUUGGAUUCGUUUAUUUCUUCGAAUAUUUCAUUAAUAACGGCCUGUAUGAAUUAAUUCAAUACGAUAAUAUAUGGUUGAAACAUCAGGAACAAUAUAGGUGGUUUCAAGUAGACUAUCAGAUAGGCGUAUUUAUUUCGAGGUCAUCGGUGAAUCUAGUUAGCAUUAAUAAGAUCUGGAUUAUGGCUGUUCUACAGUUCCUCAACGUCAUUAUUCUACUUUUCGAGACGAUCUAUUAUUAUAUACCAAAUAUUUGGAUCGUCUUUACUAUUGUACUAUGGGAAGGUCUUCUAGGUGGUGGCGCCUAUGUUAAUACUUUCUACAGAAUGUCGACUGAGAUUCCACGAGCGGAUAGAAAAAUUUCUUUGGGAAUUGCCACAAUGGCAGAUUCGAUUGGUAUCGCAUUAGCAGGUUGGUUGGCAAUGCCAGUGCACAAUGCAAUUUGUCAUCUACCAAAACCGGUGCGAUUAGGUAGCUAGGAUGGAAUAUCCAAUUGUUUUCGAUAAAUUCUACGGAAAAAGAAAUUUUAAUAUCAUGCUAUUAAGGCAUGUGACAGAGAGAAACAGAGAGAGAGAGAGAGAGAGAGAGAGAGAGAGAGAGAGAGAGAGAGAGAGAGAGA